CUGCCAAUUAAGAUGUCAGAGAUGUAUGACGUAGCUAAGUAAUCUCUCAGAGAGCCUGUCUGGGUAUAAAAAGAGAGAUCCAUAAUCCUAAUGAGCAUGUAGCUGAGUUGGAGUUGUCAGGUAGCGCAACACAAGAUUCCCACGUAAGUCAAUUUGCCACGAGAGACCUGAUACAACAAAGAAAGCAAAAACACAAGAAAGUAAAAGCGGUGAUUUAGAUUUCAAAUACAUCAUGGGAAACAGCAAGAGCAGCGCUUUGUCUAAGGAGAUUCUGGAGGAUCUAAAAAUGAACACCAAAUACAGUGAGGCUGAGCUCAGCGCUUGGUACACCACGUUCCUGAAAGAGUGCCCUAGUGGGCGCAUUAGUAAGGAGCAGUUUGAGGGCAUCUAUGCUAGCUUCUUUCCUGAUGCUGACCCCACUGCGUAUGCAAGGCACGUUUUCCGCAGCUUUGACCUCAACGCUGAUGGCACUCUGGAUUUUAAGGAGUACAUAAUUGCAUUGCAUUUAACGUCCUCAGGCAAAACUCUGCACAAACUCGAGUGGGCUUUUGCUCUGUAUGAUGUCGAUGGUAAUGGAACCAUCAGCAAAAAUGAAGUCCAGGAGAUUGUGAAGGCAAUUUUCAAUAUGAUUCCUGUUGAGGACCAGACAAAACUUCCAGAGGAUGAGAACACACCAGAAAAGAGAGCAGACAAAAUAUGGAAUUUUUUCCAAAAGAAAGAAAAUGAUAAGAUCGCAGAAGGCGAGUUCAUUCAGGGAGUGAUGGACAACAAAGACAUUUUGAGGUUGAUACAGUUUGAUGAGCCAAAGAAGAUACAGGACAAACUGAAGGAGAAGAAGUUAUAACAUUCACACUGCUUUCUCCUGAGACUGCUCUUUUCCUGUUUACACAGCUAAACUCCUAUGCCACUCUGGCACACUUUUGCUCAAGAGGAUCGUGUGUGUGUGUGUGUGUGUGUGUGUGUGUGUGUGUGUGUGUGUGUGUGUGUGUGUGUGUGUGUGUGUGUGUGUGUGUUUGUGGGGUGCAUGUGUACUGUCUAACACAGCAGAACUACAUCCCUGACCAAUCGUCUGUAUUUCUAUCGCACAAAUUAUUCAAGCCCAUUCGACCCACUAUAGGGCCAUGCAUGUACGCAAUUCAAUUCAAAUUCAUUACUUAAGAAUCUACUAUGUUUUUAUUUGUUUUAUUUGUUUCUAAUAACAUGGAUGUAUAGAGAAGGGAAUGAGAAAGCAAUUAGGCUCAGAUUAGUAAUCCCCUGGCAUAAUCAAUCCUCUUAUUAUCUGAAGGUCAAUCCAGGCAAACUCUCAUUAGCCAAUGGCAGUUUUAA